UUUUUGUUUUGUGUUUAUUUUGUCAAAUUUCAAAAAGUGACGAUAACCACAAGAACCACAUGACUUUCCUACUCUUUCAUCCUUUCCCCCGCCACUUCCUCCGCUCAACUAUAAAUCCCUCUUCUUCUUCUUCUUCUUCUUCUUAACAACAAAUUAAUGUUUUUUCUUCUUUACAACCAGAAUCACAACUAACCCAAUUCAUCUUUUUCAAUUUCUCUCACAUUUGUACAAAAAAUUACACAUUUUGACAUAAUUUUUUUUACUAAUGGAUGCGUACUGUUCGGACUGUAGAAAGAGCACAGAAGUUGUAUUUGAUCAUUCAGCAGGUGAUAUGGUUUGUUCGGAAUGUGGGUUAGUUUUGGAAUCUCAUUCGAUUGAUGAAACAUCUGAGUGGAGAACUUUUGCUAAUGAGUCCGGUGAUAAUGACCCGGUUCGAGUUGGUGGACCCAUGAAUCCUUUGCUUUCUGAUGGUGGAUUAUCUACAGUGAUCUCCAAGCCUGAUGGAACUACCAGUGAUUUCUUGACAUCGUCUUUGGGUCGAUGGCAGAAUCGUGGGUCGAAUGCUGAUCGAUCCUUUAUUUUGGCUUUUAAAGCUAUUGGGGUUAUGUCUGAUAGGUUGGGCCUGGUUGCAACCAUAAAGGACCGAGCUAAUGAGAUAUACAAGAAGGUAGAAGAUCAAAAAUCUAGUAGAGGAAGGAACCAGGAUGCUAUAUUGGCUGCUUGCCUAUAUAUUGCUUGUCGACAAGAAGACAAACCUCGAACUGUGAAGGAAAUUUGCUCGGUUGCAAAUGGAGCUACAAAGAAGGAAAUUGGCCGAGCAAAGGAAUACAUAGUGAAACAACUAGAGCUUGAGAUGGGUCAAUCAGUGGAAAUGGGAACUAUACAUGCUGGGGAUUUCAUGCGACGCUUUUGUUCAAAUCUUGGGAUGACAAAUCAAGCAGUUAAAGCCUCUCAAGAAGCAGUCAAAAAAUCUGAAGAGUUUGACAUAAGGAGAAGUCCCAUUUCUAUUGCUGCAGCAGUUAUCUAUAUAGUCACUCAGCUUUCAGAUGAGAAGAAGCCAGUUAAAGAUGUGUCACUUGCAACUGGAGUUGCUGAAGGUACGAUUCGGAAUUCAUUCAAGGAUCUAUACCCACAUCUGUCAAAGAUAAUACCAAAUUGGUAUGCACAAGGAAUGUUGUGUAUCCGAGGAAUCUUCGAUGAAAUUAACAGAAGGGGAAGCUUCUUUUACCCCAAGAUGUGGGCUAAUACACAUUGAAUUAUUGAACAGAGAAGACUUAGGAUAGAUCUUCAAGUUACAUUGCAAGUUGUAAAUGUUUUUUUCCUUAAAAGUGAUACUCUUUCUUCAUAAACUACUGGACUGAGAUUAACAUGAAACUGUUGUGUUUUUAAAGAAACUAAGGAUCUUAUGAA